AUGGACUCUUGCAGCCCGUGGGACGUGACGCUGUACAAGUCGCAGUCACCACAAGAUGGGCAAGCAUACCGAGGAGGUGUGAACCUCCUGCAGCUCGCGGAUGCACUGGGGGAGCGCUGUGUGCGUGAUGCCUACGAGGAUAUUAUGACCAGUGUGUGCGGAGAGGUGGUGGAGCGGGAGGUGAUGGCAUAUCAUCAGCGCGUGGAGGGUGCUGCCGUGCGGGCCCUGGAUCGUUGGAUGUUGGAGGUUCUCCUUGAGGAAAUUGCGAGUGCGAAGCGCGAUGUGUCGCCAGAGAUGCCACUGUCAAAGGGCAUCCACCGCCAUAUUGAACAAAACAGAGCAGCUGUACUGACUAAGCUGACAGCAGACGCGGAGGACGAGCAGCUCUAUGGUAGAGCAAUGCGGUAUGGUGGAAACAGCAGCAGUAGCACGAGAGACGGUGGUGACCACCUUAAUGACGCGGCAGUGACAUUCAAAAAUGGCCUGUUGCUUACGUACCAGCAGCUCGCCACGCUGGGUCCGGGGCAGUGGCUCAACGACCAGGUGAUUAACGCCUAUCUGAGCAUGGUGUGCGACGAGUACAACACACGCGUUGGGGCGGAUGCGACACUUUCCUUGGGGACGCACUUCUUCGCCAAGGUUCUGCAGGAGCUGCGGGGAGGGACGUCGAAGCUGCCGCCCCUUCAGGCCAGCAGUGGUGUGCUUCGCUGGCUGAAGCGGCGCCGGCACAUUCUGCUCCCUGGCACGACACGCAUCGUUCUCGUUCCCGUGAACUUGUCCCAGACGCACUGGGCGCUGGCGGUGCUCGACUGGGAGAACCGCAGGUGGGUGUACUACGAUAGUUACAUCCACGGAGAGGCGGCAACUUCGCGUGGCAGGGCAGUUCUGCGGCAGCUGGCACACGCCUUCACUGAGGCCCGGCGUCUUCUUUGCGGCGGCAGCGGCGGCGAAAACAACAGCAACAAGAAGGAUGACGACGCUUGUGAGGGGGAUGAUGACUGGGGGCUUGUGGUGGCGCAGCCGCAGCUGUGUGGGAGGGACUCCUCCGACGCGGACGGCUUCUCUGUCGCCCCUCAGCAAGAAAACUUCUACGACUGUGGCGCUUUUGUUUGCCAUGCGGCGUGGUGUGCGGUGCAUGGUGUUGCCAUGGCAUUUACGCAGAUCGAUGUGACGGCGCUUCGCCACGUGAUGGUGCAUGAGCUUCUGUGCCAGAAGAAUCUGUUGCGGCUGCCAGACAGCGUAUUCUCUACACCUUAA